GAAUGACUAUGGAUAAAUCGCAAUUACCCAAGAGUGGAGGGAAUGGUAAUUCAACACCUCAGGAAUGCGCCGGCUGUGGAAAACAAAUCACCGAAAGAUAUUUAUUAAAAGCUUUAGAUAUGUAUUGGCACGAGGACUGUUUGAAAUGUGGUUGCUGCGAUUGUAGACUGGGAGAAGUCGGAUCAACGUUGUUUACAAAAGCUAAUCUAAUAUUAUGUAGGAGAGAUUAUUUAAGAUUAUUCGGUAACACGGGAUAUUGUUCAGCUUGUUCUAAAGUAAUACCUGCUUUUGAAAUGGUAAUGAGAGCCAGAAAUAAUGUUUAUCAUUUGGAAUGUUUCGCGUGCCAGCAAUGUAAUCACAGGUUUUGUGUUGGCGACAGAUUUUACUUGUGCGAAAAUAAAAUCCUAUGUGAAUACGAUUACGAAGAAAGAAUGGUUUUUGCAAACAUGGCUUAUAACCCACCGAAUAUAGCGCAACUCAAGAGACACACGAGUCAUAUUCCAGUAAGUCCAAAUAUAAAUCCCGCUCUUCCAGGGGUCAGAUCAAACGAGAGCAACGAUCGACGACAAACCAAUGGCGAUGUACAUCACCCCAAUCACCCGAUGUCCAAUGGUCAUCAUUUUCCAGGUCAAACGGAUCCACCUCUACUAUACGACGCCAAAUAAACAUUUUUAAUUGAACGAAUCAUCGUUGGAAAACACAGUUUUACUCGUGUUUCAGUGCAAUAACAAAUUAAACAUAAGGAUGGUUUUUGUUUUAUAAAUUGAAUGUUGAAUUUUAUAGGAAUUUUUUUCUAGGCUUAAAUUGAAUUUUACAAAUGGUUUUACAACCUUGUAUACUUCCAUAAUUCCAUUUCUUCCGAUGUGUAUUUUAAUAUCGAAAAAUUCUAGACUAAAAAUUACGUACUAGAUCUCAUAACGUUCUAUAAAAAUAAAAAUUUCAUUCCAAAGAAGAAUAAUUAUAUAUCGUAUUUUGAUAAUUUUCUAUCUGCGAAGCAAUAAUUCUUAAAAAUCAUUCAACUUUGUAAAAAUUCUCAUUUUAUUUACUUCUUUUUUUUUUACUUCAUCAGUAAGUAUUUUGGAGAAAGAAAUACUUUGGUUUUAAGAAUUAAGUUUUUACAUUAUUUGUUGUUAGAAGCAAAUUGCUAUUGCUUUGUUUACGUUGAUUUCUUUUUUUUCUUCUUUUAUUAUUUUUUUAUAUAUGAUGUAAUAUUUCAUAGUUGAAUUUGUUUAGCAUCGUAAAAUCUCAUUUAGAUUUAAUCUUAGAUGUAAUAUUUAUAAGUUACCUGAAUUACAACUUGGAAAUAUUUUUCGUUUAA